CAUCAUCCACGACAUCGAAUAAUCCAUUUGAUGCUCUGCCAUGGAUGCAGACGUGCGGCCCAACCCCUCAGACAGCUAGGCUCUAUCCGUCAUGUUGGUGCAGAUGUCUUUCCCGGCUCGUCCAUCGUUCAAGCACGCGCUGAGCGACGUCGCAAAAAGGCAGAUAUCGAGACGAGUGAAGAUCCACUCGCUGAGCCAACGACCAUCAAGGCUCGUCGGAAACGACAAUCAAGGGCGCUGCUUGCUUCAGUGGAAGCUAUCCCUUCACCAAAAAUACGGAACUUGGUGAAGGAAGUCAAUGAUGACCCAGAUACCUCGUUGGCCAUGUUGCGCAAGUAUGCUUGGUCUUCUCCGACCGUCGGCAAUGCGACCCUCCUCGAUGCUGCCCUCCAACAAACAGAACUUGCAUCUCAUAAGGGCAAGCUUGUCUUGGAGAUGAAUCCAGGUCCGGGCGUGUUGACAGAGGCAGUUAUUCGACAUAUGCAACCAAAUCGCUACAUCUGUCUUGAACCACGUCAGACUUUUCACAAGUAUCUCACAAGGCUUGCACCGCAAAUGUCCGCACCAAGCAAUUUCCAAAUUGUGAAGGAGGACGGGUAUGACUGGUCGACCUACAAGACACUCGAACAAGAAGCAUACCUCCCAAGAGACCAAUUCUCCCAUCCACGAGACGAGGUGAAUCCCCAUUUUGUAUUCAUUGCAUCGCCGGCAGAGAAUGCCAUGGAUCAAUUGGUUGCACAGUGGAUGGAGACAUUAGGUACACACUCCUGGUUGCAGCGGUACGGUCGAGUGCGCAUGCUACUCCUCGUCAAUCAAUCAACACGCGCACGCAUGCUAGCGUCUCCGGGUUCUUCCCUUCGCACGCGCGGUACUUUUGUCCGUGAAGCCGUUUGUGAAGUCAAGGAAAUUAUCCAUACACCGUGGAUCUUGAACAAGGAGAAGAAAUCGCUCAAAUCACCCUGGCUACAAGAUUUCAAGGAUCUACCACAGACGAGUGCUUCGCUGGUGGCUACACCACAAGACUUUUUCCCAAUGAGUAACAUGUCUAUGGUGGAACUGACACCAUUUGCCAAAUGCAAGAUUACAGCCCCUUGGGAGACCUUUGACUAUAUCUGCAAAGCACUCCUCAUUCAUCGCACAACGCCACUAUAUCGUCAAAUGCGUCAAAUUGCUUCUGGCGCUUACAAGAUUCUGGAAGACGUCUCUGAUGAACUCAAACUCAAGACCCCUGCACAAAUGACCGUGGAGGAGAUGAACCUCGUGGCAGAGGCGUUUGAGCGAUGGCCAUUCCGACCGGAUGUGUUGCAAACAGAAGCACCUGAACCAGGAGAUACGAGGUCGGGAUCAGAGUUGAGACAGUACUACCAGAACCGCAUUUCUGGCGCGAGUUCGGAUAAAUGGGGAAUGCCUGAUACUUUGAAGAAGAAAAGUUCAAUCUAAUAUAGCAUUUGCAUCUAGUCAUUCAUAAUCAUUUGAGCCA